AUGAACUUUGAUGCCGCCGCACAGUCUGUGGGGCUACUACGUGGAGCAUUUCGCGAUGGCGUUCUUCACAGUAUAUCCACCAGAAAAGAUGUGCUCCGUGCUAUCAUAAAAAUGCUAGACGAAAAUGAAGAUACGAUCGUGGAAGCUUUGAGUAAAGAUAUGCAUCGCCCCAAGGAAGAAAACAUAUUGAUGGAAUUGUUACCUAUCAAAUUAGAGGUGAACCAUAUGCUAAAAAAUGUGGACAACUGGGUCAAGGAGCAAUAUGUACGGGUUUGGUGUUGA